AUGGCAACUCGAUCGAAUUUCUACAAGAAUCCUUCAAUCUCUUACAACAAAAACUUAAGCCUCUCUUCCGUUCUUCAGAAUCUCCAUGCUUACAACAUCGCCACCGGCAACGUUACUUCCGACGACCAACCGCAUCCUGCUCCCACUCCCACUCCCACCGCCUCCGUCAAACGUCGCCGCCAUCCCCGCCCACCGCCAUCCCGUCACAAUCCCCAUAAGGAUGAGUUUGACGAAUUCCCUUCCUCUAUGUCUCACUAUGAUUAUAUUCAAAAGAGAAGGAAGGAAGUUGAUUCGUCUAAGAACUGUGACCGCGUUGAAUUAACUGAAGAUGUAUUGGGAAACCCUAAUUCUGCUGUCCCCUUGGUGGAUUAUGCAAGUGAUGAAAGUGCUUCUUCAGAAUGUGAAGAAACUCAUACUCUUCCAAAUUCUGGUCACAAACAAGAAUUUAAUGGAGUCAAAAGCAAAAAUGAGCAGCGUUUUCCUGUAUCUGGAGAACCUGUUUGUCUUAUAUGCGGAAGAUAUGGUGAAUAUAUAUGCAAUGAGACAGACGAUGAUGUCUGUAGCAUGGAGUGCAAAAAUGAACUCUUGGAAUUUCUUAAACUCAAUGAGGUUGAGGGAUCCUCCAAUGAACAAGCUAAAGAUUGCUCCUCAUCUGGAAUAAGGGAUGCCUUACCAGUUCCUGUCUUUAGUGAUGGUACUUGGGAUUACAAUCGGCAUCGCUGGUCAAAAACGAGAUCUAGUCUUUCCACAUAUGAAUGUUGGAAAUGUCAAAGACCUGGGCAUUUAGCUGAAGACUGUCUAGUAAAGAGUUGCAGUGAGACCACAGCAGGAGGAAGUAAUAGAUCUAGUUCCAUACCAAAGGAUCUUUUUGGAUUGUAUAGAAGAUGCCACCAGCUUGGUAAAGACUUGUUAGCUGCAAACUGUAAUGCAUGCCACAGCUCAUCAAAUUUGGCCACAUGCAUCGAUUGUAGUAUUGUUCUUUGUGAUGGGGCAGGUCACCUGGAUGAUCAUAUAAAAAAACACCCUUCCCAUCAAAAAUAUUACUCACACAAGCUAAAACGUCUGGUUAAAUGCUGCAAGUCAACUUGCAGGGUCACUGACAUCAAAGAUCUCUUGGUUUGUCACUAUUGCUUUGAUAAAGCCUUUGAAAAGUUCUAUGACAUGUAUACUGCAACAUGGAAAGGAGCUGGGUUUUCAAUUAUAUCAGGUUCUAUAUGCUGUGAAGAUCAUUUCAUGUGGCACAGGAUGAAUUGUUUGAAUGCAGAUGCAGAAGGAAGUUCAUAUAUUGUAAAAAACAAUGGCCUCAGAGGCAAACCUACGCAACUAAGUGAUUUCAUCUUUUGA